AUGCCUAUGUUUCUCCUCAUUGCAGGUAUCUCUGGCAAUUUGGGCCACCAGCUGGCUUCUGCUGCCCUCCGAAGAGGCCUGCUUGUCAGGGGCAUGGGCCGCACACCGGACAAAGUCGACUCUCAGGUUGCCACGGCACUUGAAUCUUUUGUUCGUAUCAAAAACUAUUACGACACAGAUGUGAUUCAGAGAGCAGUCACCGGCGUCGACGCCGUCGUGUGCGCGUAUGGGGCGACCCCUGAGCUCUAUCUGGAAGCCCAAUUAGUCCUUCUCCGGGAAGCCGAAAAGGCCGGGGUGAAGAUCUUUCAUGCACAAUCCUGGAACUUCAACUGGCAUGGUUUGACUUUCGGGGACAUGGAAUAUUAUGACGCCAACAUCAGCUUCUAUCGCCAGGUCGAACUCACGAGCAAAAUCCGGCCGGUCUACGUCUUCAGCGGCUUCUUUGCCCACAGAUUAUACUUGCCCACAGGCCCAGGGUCUUUCACCUUGGAGAAUGGCCGGGCCACAAUGAAAUACUGGGGAGACGGUCAGGCCAGAUACACCUGGACAUCGAUGAAAGACUGCGCGGAAACCAGCAUCGAGAUUCUGACCAGCGAUCCCGGCGUGCUCGCCGGCAAAGGGGGAAUCUUCUGCAUUCAGUCAGGCUCUCACACGGUCUCGGAAUUUGCCGAAGCCUACGAGAGGGCCACAGGCAUUAAAGUCGAGCUUGUUCGACAGGGAGACUUUCAGGAUCUAGAGACCAGAGUGGCCGACAUGCGGGCUAGAUACGGCCCAAGUAGAUAUUUCCACUACCUUAGAGACCUCAUCAUCAUGCUGACAAUACAAGGGAAGUGGGUGGUCCAGAACCUCACAUCUUAUGACCACAUCCCUAAAUCCAGCCUCGAGGAUAUCAUAGCAGAAGACAAAGAUAUACCGGGUCCGUACUCACUCCCUCUAUUAGAUUGA